GGGGGGGGUGGGGGGAAACUCUUUGUUUUGGGGGCCGGGGGGGCGGGGUGGGGUGCGGUAGGCAGCGGGGAUGAGUCUGGUGGGCGGCUUCCCCCACCACCCGGUGGUGCACCAUGAGGGCUACCCCUUCGCCGCCGCCGCCGCCGCCGCCGCCGCCGCCGCCAGCCGCUGCGGCCACGAGGAGAACCCCUAUUUCCACGGCUGGCUCAUCAGCAGCCACCCGGAGAUGUCCCCCCCCGACUACAGCAUGGCUCUGUCCUACAGCCCCGAGUACGCCAACGGGGCGCCGGGCAUGGACCACUCCCAUUACGGGGGGGUGCCGCCCGGGAACGGCCCGCCCGGGUUGGGGGGGCCCCGGCCGGUGAAGCGGCGGGGUACGGCCAACCGUAAGGAACGGCGCAGGACUCAGAGCAUCAACAGCGCCUUCGCCGAGCUCCGCGAGUGCAUCCCCAACGUCCCCGCCGACACCAAGCUCUCCAAGAUCAAGACCCUCCGCCUGGCCACCAGCUACAUCGCCUACCUCAUGGACCUGCUGGCCAAGGACGACCAGAACGGGGAGGCGGAGGCCUUCAAGGCAGAGAUCAAGAAGACAGACGUGAAGGAGGAGAAGAGGAAGAAAGAGCUGAACGAAAUCUUGAAAAGCACAGUUAGCAGCAACGAUAAGAAAACCAAAGGGCGGACGGGCUGGCCGCAGCACGUCUGGGCGCUGGAGCUCAAGCAGUGAGGGCGGCGGGACGGGGGGAGCCCCCUGCUUCCCCCCCCCCCCCGGCAGCCAGCUCCCCUCUGAGGACUCUCGGUAUUUGGAAUCGUCCGGUUUAUUUAUGUGCAAUUUCUCCCCCCCACCCCACCCCAAAAUGUGGAUAUUUGAAGGAGAGGGAAAAAGCAUUCCAUAGAUGAAGAGGAAACUCCGGCUUGGUAAGGGGUAUUGUCUCUAAUAGUUUCGUGAAUGUUAUUUGCUCUGUAUAAAACACACGGGGAAAACAGAACCAUAGAAAAGGAAAACAAAACAACAAAAAAAAAUAUCCCUCCCUGGCAUUAGUGUGUAUGUGAAGUGUAUCUUUAAUACUUGGCCUUUUGGAUAUAAAUAUUCAUGGGAUUAUAAAGUUAUAUUUCAACAGAAGCAGUUGCACCGACGUUUCGGUUGACUCGGUAUUUAGUGUUGUAAUUUUGUUGUGGUCGUUCAGUAUUUGAAGAUGUUUUCAACAGUUAUUGGUUAUGUGCACUUCCGUCCGUAAGGGAAAAAGUGGAAUCUAAUUAAUAUUGAAGGUGUAAACGUUGUAAGUACUCAAUAAACCACUGUGUGUGUUUUUUACAAAACCAAAAAAAAAAAAAAAAAGAAAAAGGAAAAAAAAAGAAAACCCAAAUCUUUUUAUGUUUUAUACCUCAAAAUGUUUUGAAUAACAGCGUUGUUUAUGGCUUUUUUUUUUCAUAAUAUUUAAAAUAUUCGGAAGUAAACUAAAUUAUAAAGAU